CGGGCCGUCGCCGCAGCAUCUUCUGCCCCUGCGCCCCCGCCAGCCCUGAGGAAGUCCCCGCCGAGGACCGGAGCCCCAGGGAGCGCAGGAGGAAAGACCAGAGACUCCCCUAAAACAUCCAGAUGCUGAGGAUCGAAGCAGCCUAGCCAAAGCUUUCUGUGGAUUAAAAAUAUAUACGAUUUUUUUUUUUUUUGGCAGAAAAGGAGAAGACCAGAGGGGAUCUGCAAGGAAAAAGAGGGGAUGUAACUCGUGGAUACGUUUUUUUCCACCCCUCAAACGUCUUGUUUUACUUUGUAAACAUUUUUUUUAAGACCCCAGCUCCAGCCUUACGGCCCCAGACCUCCAGGGUGCAAGGAGGCGGUUUUCAUUUGGGGCUUUGCAUAUUUGAUUCUUAAAUUUGAAAGAGCCUCCGUAUUUCGCCAGACAUCUCAUGCGGGGUGAAGUCCACUCGACCCCCUUCCCCGAGUCUUCGUGUGUACGGAAUUCGAGGAGAUCCGGUUACUAAGGAUAUAGAGGAAAAAAAUAAAUCGCGUGCCUGCUUUUUUUUUUUUUUUUUUUAAAUUGCCUGCUUCUCCCCACCCCCAAAUUAAGUUGCUUAGCAAGGGGGAAAGAGGCUUUUUCCUCCCUUCAGCCCAGCCGAACGCCUUUCGUUUUUUGCCCCCGCGGAUCUUCCAUGUAGGAAGCCGAGGCUGGCGAGCCCGACAAUCGGGAGCCGCUGCGGGGGGGCCUCUUUUUGGGGAGGCGUUGACCCGGGCAGGCUUCGCCGCCCCCAGGGAAGAGGCAGCCGCGUUCCUCCGGGGUGCGCCGGGGCCCGAGAGCCGCGCACGGCGCGGGCCGCGCGGGGUGGGGCAGCCGGAGCGCAGGCCCCCGAACCCCGGCGGGCGCCUCCGGGCCCCCGCGCGCGCCCCGGCCUCCGGGAGACUGGCGCAUGCCACGGAGCGCCCCUCGGGCCGCCGCCGCUCCUGCCCGGGCCCCUGUUGCUGCUGUUGUCGCCUGCGCCUGCUGCCCCAACUCGGCGCCCGACUUCUUCAUGGUGUGCGGAGGUCAUGUUCGCUCCUUAGCCGGCAAACGACUUUUCUCCUCGCCUCCUCGCCCCGCAUGUUCAGGACCAAACGAUCUGCGCUCGUCCGGCGUCUCUGGAGGAGCCGUGCGCCCGGCGGCGAGGACGAGGAGGAGGGUGCGGGGGGAGGCGGAGGAGGAGGCGAGCUGCGGGGAGAAGGGGCGACGGACGGCCGGGCGCAUGGGGCCAGUGGCGGCGGCGCAGGCAGGGCUGGCUGCUGCCUGGGCAAGGCGGUCCGAGGUGCCAAAGGUCACCACCAUCCCCAUCCCCCAGUCGCGGGCACCGGCGCGGCCGGGGGCUCCGAGGCGGAUCUGAAGGCGCUCACACACUCGGUGCUCAAGAAACUGAAGGAACGGCAGCUGGAGCUGCUGCUCCAGGCCGUGGAGUCCCGCGGCGGGACGCGCACCGCGUGCCUCUUGCUUCCCGGCCGCCUGGACUGCAGGCUGGGCCUGGGGGCGCCCGCCGGCUCGCAGCCCACUCAGCCGCCCGCGUCCUAUUCGCUCCCCCUCCUGCUGUGCAAAGUGUUCAGGUGGCCGGAUCUCAGGCAUUCCUCGGAAGUCAAGAGGCUGUGUUGCUGUGAAUCUUACGGGAAGAUCAACCCCGAGCUGGUGUGCUGCAACCCCCAUCACCUUAGCCGACUCUGCGAACUAGAGUCUCCCCCUCCUCCUUACUCCAGAUACCCGAUGGAUUUUCUCAAACCAACUGCAGACUGUCCAGAUGCUGUGCCUUCCUCCGCUGAAACAGGGGGAACGAAUUAUCUGGCCCCUGGGGGGCUUUCAGAUUCCCAACUUCUUCUGGAGCCUGGGGAUCGGUCACACUGGUGCGUGGUGGCAUACUGGGAGGAGAAGACGAGAGUGGGGAGGCUCUACUGUGUCCAGGAGCCCUCCCUGGACAUCUUCUAUGAUCUACCUCAGGGGAAUGGCUUUUGCCUCGGACAGCUCAGUUCGGACAACAGGAGUCAGCUGGUGCAGAAAGUACGGAGCAAAAUCGGCUGCGGCAUCCAGCUCACGCGGGAAGUGGAUGGCGUGUGGGUGUACAACCGCAGCAGUUACCCCAUCUUCAUCAAGUCGGCCACACUGGACAACCCGGACUCCAGGACGCUGUUGGUACACAAAGUGUUCCCCGGUUUCUCCAUCAAGGCUUUUGACUACGAGAAAGCGUACAGCCUGCAGCGGCCCAACGACCAUGAGUUCAUGCAGCAGCCGUGGACUGGCUUCACUGUGCAGAUCAGCUUCGUGAAGGGCUGGGGCCAGUGCUACACCCGCCAGUUCAUCAGCAGCUGCCCGUGCUGGUUGGAGGUCAUCUUCAACAGCCGGUAGCCGCGUGGGGAGAGGACAGAGCGUGAGCCGAGUGGGCCCAGUCCAAACUACUUUGCUGCUAAUAUUUUCCUCCUGAGUGCUUGCUUUUCAUGCAGACUCUUCGGUCAUUGUUUUUUUCCUCCCCGCCCUCCCCCCGCCUUUUCUUGUCAUUCUUGUUUAUGUUCUGUUUUGUUUUGUUCUUUGAGAAAUAGCUUAUGAAAAUAAUUGUCAGGGUUUGGGGUGUUGUAUAGUUUGGCAGGACACCCCCAUAUGACAAGGAGAAGCAAAAAUCAGUACCACCAAACACGGUGUAUGAAUGGGGAGCAGACCCUAACUUUGGGUUCUCGGUUCACUUGUCAGGGCAUGUGUGCGUGCGUGCGUGCGUGCGUGCGUCUGUGAGUCUGUGCGUCUGUGUGUACGUGAACGACAGAUGGGGGAAGCAGCGUGCUGCGUGUCUCUUACGGAUGUCUCCUGCUGAGAGCUCUGCACUCCCCGGCUGUGUCUGUCUUGCCCUUUGGACAUGCUCAGCGGGGCAGAGGCAGUACCCAGGCAAGCUGGCCAUGGGUGUCCCGGCAGCUGCCAGAAGCGAGGCUCUGCCUCCAGCCUGAGGAAGCCGCCCCACCCCCCACCCCCCUUCUAGGACAGGGCCUGUCCACAGGCUUCUUAGAAGCCACCCUGCAAGAGGCUGAACCAGAACCAGUUGUUCUUAAGCUUGUCUUACUCCCCUCCCUCCAGCCACCCUGCUGCCAUCGUCCUGUCUUUCUUUUUUGGCCACCUGCUCCUGGAUGUCUCCGAGAUGGGCUUCCUGGGGGCUGCAGUAUUGCUCACCCAGUGCCCUCUCAGGCCCCUCGGCCUCUCCCCUGCCUUGGUUACAUCAGGUUUUUCCCGGACUCAGAAAACCAGCUCAGCACUUUCCUCCCCUCUGCAACCUGUGUGUUGAGUUCUGCUGUUAGACCAGCGAGGGGAGCAGCCCCCCUUCCCGCCAAGAAGGAUUCGGUCCAUCAUAACCCAAGGUACCAUCCUGGGCUGACACCUAACUCUUCUUUCAUUUCUUCUACAACUCAUACACUCGUAUGAUAUGUUGACACUGCUCUUAGCUCAAUGAGCAUGUUUAGACUUUAACAUAAGCUAUUUUUCUAACUACAAAGGUUUAAAUGAACAAGAGAAGCAUUCUCAUUGGAAAUUUAGCAUUGUAGUGCUUUGAGAAAGGACUCCUGAAAAAAAAAAAUCUGAGAUUUAUUAAAGAAAAAAAUGUAUUUUAUGUUAUAUAUAAAUAUAUUAUUACUUGUAAAUAUAAAGACGUUUUAUAAGCAUCAUUAUUUAUGUAUUGUGCAAUGUGUAUAAACAAGAAAAAUAAAGAAAAGAUGCACUUUGCUUUAAUAUAAAUGCAAAUAACAAAUGCCAAAUUAAAAAAGAUAAACACAAGAUUGGUGUUUUUUUCUAUGGGUGUUAUCACCUGGCUGAAUGUUUUUCUAAAGGAGUUUAUGUUCCAUUAAACAAUUUUUAAAAUGUAUACUUGA